AUGGCGCUGGAGCUGGCCAAGACGGCGGAGGCCUCGAUCGGCGACUUUUUCGCUCGCGAUGACGCGCUGUCGCGUCUGGAUCGGCUGCAUCGCCGCACGCUGGAGGCUGUGGAGAAUGUGCUGAAGACCCCGCGACCACAGGAAUUCACACACAAUGUGCUGGAUUUGGCAGUGCAGAAGGUGGUUGAGAAAUUGUCUUGGAAGUUCAUGACGGAGGCCCACGCCACGCCCAGCAGCGUAGGUGUCCCAGCGCUACUAGACCUGUGUAUCGCCGGUGUGACCAGCGGAUUCCUGGUCAACAGCACGCCCUACAAAGUUCUGGAGGAUCUGAUGGAAGGCCAGACCAUCAAUACAUGCGAGAAGGUGUGGGAUCUGCUCGAGUCUCGCAAGGACAAGCUCACAACGGGCCGCACCACCAAAGCUUCGCUGUGUCUAUUACGAAUGUGCAAUGCGCUACUACGUCGCUUAUCCAAGACCCACAACAGCGUGUUCUGCGGCAAAAUCCUGGUGUUCUUGUCGUUUACGUUCGCACUGUCUGAGCGAUCGGCGGUGAAUCUGACGGGCAAAGCCAAUGUGACGAAUAUUGACAGCGAUCCAAGCGCCGAUGUCGGUCCGAUCGACUACAAUUUGUACCGCACGUUUUGGGACUUGCAGGGUUUCUUCCGAGAGCAUCAGAUGGCCACGCAGUCAGCGGAAAACUGGGAGAAGUUUUUCACGGAGCUGAAUGUGGUGCUGGCAGCGUUUGAAGGCAACGCGUUCUCACCAGAUGACCUGGAGCGCUCGCGAGACUUAACCGAAGGCCCCAUCCAUUCAGCAGAUAUCGCUAUGCACGAGUCUGAUGGCGAUUCUGACAAGAACGCUACGGACCACAACACCCAGGAGCACUUUUUCCAGCCCAAAUACCUGACCAACAGCCGUCUCUUCAGACUGCAAUUGCGUGACCCGAUUCUGCGUGAAUGCAUGCUCACCCAGUUCCUCAUUCUGUUCAACGACUUGGCAAGGGCCAAACCGCCUCUGGGCAGUACGACGCCCAAGGCAAAGCUCGCGGAACUGACUGAGCGUGUAGUUGCAUUGCUGAAGCAAACACCUUCGGAUGGCGAAGGCUUCAGUGAGAUGGUGACUUACGUUCUGGAGCGGGAGCGCAAUUGGGUCAAGUGGAAGCAGGAAAAAUGUCCAGGAUACGAGAGGUAUCCAUCUGCGAAGGAGAAAGACGCUUCGACUGCUUCGAAACCAGUUGUGAAGCGUGCACGACGUCAAUUAACCUCACCUCUUCUAGAGCAGAUUCUGUCGGAGAGCUCCAAGCCAUCGCAGAUCUUGGAGAAGAUUAAGGGCAAGGAAAGAGCUACGGAAGUCUCGUUGGCAACGUAUACGGACCGCUUUAAAGAGGCGUGGGACCCUGAGAAUGGCAUUGAAGAGGAGUACUGGCCGGACAAGGAUGAGAUGGUCUGCUGGCGCACGAUGCGUGCUGCGAUGAAAGAAAGUGUGGGCCAUUUGGAACUGGCGGUCCAGGGUACGGGCUCUCUGGUUAAGGGCAUUCUUGGACUUGAUACCAAUGACGCAAGCAAGGAUUCAGUGGAUGCCUCCACCCUAACACCCAAGGCUGAAGAUGAACAUGUGAAAGAAGAGCAAAAUGACGAGAAGAAGCCGGAGAAAGAUGUGUCGAAGGACAACGCAACCGGUGCGAAACGAGAACGAGACGGCUCUCCUAAGCGUGCGCCAGCUAAGCGCGAACGAACGGGACGUGCUCGAGUUCGUGACGACGACAUCGAGGAUGGUGAAGAAGCGUAA